AUGGCGUCGGCACAAGCAAUCCCUGCCGUGGAAAUCCAGAGCUCACCGGCGAAAGGAGGGAGGUCUCGGACUAAGGAUCCUGGGCUUCGUGUUGUAGGUGGCAGAAUUUAUGAUUCUCGCAAUGGGAAGACAUGCCAUCAGUGCCGUCAAAAGACGAUGGAUGUUAUGGCUCAGUGUAGGAUUCUGAAAGAGCGCAGCAAACCAUGUCCCAUUACUUAUUGCCAUAAGUGCUUGCUGAACAGGUAUGGAGAGGUGGCUGAAAAUGUUUCACAGAUGGAAAACUGGCACUGUCCCAAGUGUAGGGGCAUUUGCAAUUGCAGCUACUGCAUGAAGAAGAAAGGUCACCAACCCACUGGUAUUCUGGCGCAUACAGCAAAGCAAAAUGGGUUUGCAUCUGUUUCUGAACUUCUACUGGUGAAAGGUCCUGAAAACUUUGUGUACACUAGGGCGAAGGACAAGGAUGCUUCCCCGAAGAAAACUGUUUUGAAAGUGGAGCCGGAAGUUGGUUCACCAAGGAAGUCAGGGAAAGAGAAUUCUUUGGAUGGAAAUGGUGAUUUACCCUUGCAUACUCAGAAUGAAAUCUCAAGUCCCAAGAUUAACAAAUCCAAGAAAACAAAAAGGGAAGGGCUGAAAGAAGUUAGUAAUGGCCUUGCUGAAGAUGCUGCCUCAAUGGUUAAGAAGAAGAAGCGUAGGAUGCAUGACCAUAUUUCUGAAAAUGAUGAUGCUGUUGUUCCAAAGGCCCAUGAUGAUAAUGAACCAGCCAUGGCUUCAAAAUCCUGCUGGAAUCAUAAAAAAGAAGUGGUGCAUAAUGAGAUUCCUUUGCCUCAAGGCUCAAUUUUAACUAAUGUGGCAGGAGUUGACAUGGGUCCUGAAGAUGCUGGACAUGCCUUACAAUUCCUGGAGUUUUGCAAUGCUUUUGGCCAGGCUUUUGAUCUGACGAAAGGGCAUGCUGAAGCAGUCAUAAGGGAAAUGGUAAAGGGCCGAAGAGGAUGUAGGACGCAAUCCUCUCUUGUAAUCCAGGUUCAUAUCCAGCUGCUAUCACUGUUUCAAGAAGAUACAGAUGAAAGGUGUCCAACCCUAAGUCCAACAGAUGGCCAGAAUUCGUGGCUGUUAUCUCUGGGGGAAUUUGUCUCCAAAUACCCUUUCAUGUCGAAGGACUUCCCUCCUGACUGUUUUGACAGAGGGAAUGGCACGUACGAGGAGUUGAACAUCUCUGGAAAGCUCAAACUCCUUAAUUUUCUGUGUGAUGAAACUCUCAACACCAUAGAGUUGAGAGACAUCAUUGAUGAGCAAAAUUUGGAAUUCCAUGCAAGUAGGAAGGAAGCCAAGGCCAAAAUUCUUGCUGCAAAGGACAAGGAAAAGGAAGUGAAAAAGAAGACGCAGGAUGAGAUUGCGAAAGCUAUACUUGCCAAAAAUGGGGUUCCUUUGUCCAUUUCUGAGCAUGACGCAUUAAUGUCUCAGAUUAAAGAGGAAACUUCUCAAGCUCAUGCAGAGAUGAAGGAGGCUAAGGCCAUGGUGUCUACGGAAUCACAAAGAUCUGAUGCUAUAAGAACGGUUCCCAUGCUUUUGGAUAUCAAGGGUCGUGCAUUUUGGAGACUAAGGAGCUACAACAAUAGCAAAGAUAUCUUACUCCAAGAUAUGGGUGAUUUGGGCUCGGAUUCGCCUAGUGAGAAGUGGUUUACUUAUGACGAAGCACAGAUACCAGAAAUUGAGAAAUAUAUAUCUGUCGUUAGGGCUAGGACAAAGGUCAAGGGUAGAAAAGGUUAUGAACCAGUACCAGAUGUCAACAUGGAGGAAAGCUUAUAG